AUGAACUUUGACGGCCCCAAACCAGGCAUCGCCUGCUGCUGUUGUUUAGCUGGUGUUCUUACAAUUGGUAUUGUUGUAAUUAUGUCAUUCUCAUCACUUGACGCCGCUGAGUACGGCUUAGAUUACAACUCACUCGCUAAGUCGAUUGAUCCAAAAUACUACGGCUCUGGAUAUCAUUUCCUUGGAGCAGGACACUCAUUCAUCCGUUAUCCAAGCACUGUCCAGAACAUGGAAUUCUCUAAUGAAGAGAAUGCUGAUAGACCCCCUAUUUAAUCUAGAACAGAGGAUGGACUCCUUAUUCAAUUCAGAGCUUCAUUCCAGUAUAAAUUGAUGCCAGACAAACUCUACGAUCUCUACAUGAAAUAUGGUGAAGACUACAAAGGACCCUGCAUCAAGUACUCGAUAGAGACUCUUAAUGACGCUGCUACUAAGUAUGAUGCAAACGAGUUUUUCAAUAGCUCACAGUUAAUUACUUAAUAGAUGAUGAAUGAUUUAAAUAAGACCUUAGAUCAGAAUUGCUACGCCAGUAUUCAAUUCUUCUAACUUUAAAACAUCGAUAUUCCAGAUAAAUAUCAAGAUGCCAUUCAAGAAACUCUUAUUAAAGAUUCAGAAAUCUCUAAGACAGAAAACAUGAGAAAGUAACGUAAAGUUGAUCUUGAAGCAAUGCAAAACUCUGCAGUCAUAUCUAAGGAGAAGACUUUGAAUGAUGCUUAAGCUAGAGCUAACGCUGACAUGACUUAAAAUGAAGCAAAUAUGCUUUCUUUCUUCUAAUUGGUGACUCAGCAAUCAUCAUCUUAUGCCACCCUCAAGAAUACUCUUAAGAUGACAAACAACUAGUUCAUCGAUUAUUUGAGAUCUCAAACCAUUAACGAGUAUAACCAAGGCAAUAUGAUUGUUAACAUUCCCUCUAGAUUCUGA